AAGGCACACGAGGCUGGAGUCACGUGUUCCCAGAAUGCAACGCGCAGCUGUCAUGGCCGCGCACUGUGGUUCCACACCGCACAUGGGGAGGAAAUAAAAACAUAGGUGCCGUUUGAGUGAAACACGUUUUUUGACCAGUCGUUUCUGUUUAGAUUUGUACUUUUGGAAAACAAUCUUUAAACCUGUUAAACCGGAAACAGCUCCACUGCAGCAGGGAAGUCGUCGCCAUUAACGAUGCUAGUCGACGUGCAGCUUUCCAUCCUCCGAGGCUUCCUGUCACCCAGCGAGGCGGAGGAAUGGAAGCAGAACAUCUUCACUAUUUCAGAAGUGGGACCCUUGCUGGAGUCCUUGAUGAAUGGGGACUUGGAGGCGGUUCUGAGGAGCUCCACCGUGUCGCUUCUGCUCUCUGGAGAUGGCGGCUGCAGUCAGGGAGACGACAUCGAGGCCUAUUUGGAGCGACGUAUCCUGUUGUACCUGGAUGGGGAUCAAAACCACAGCCUCAGAGAACUGGUGGUGAUGGUCCUGGCUGUCUCUUGCCUACACAUGUUUGUUCAAAGUAACUGGACCGGUCCUUCGCUCCUCAUCCAUCUCCCUGACCUCCUGCCGUCAGCCCUCCUCUCCUCUCAGCCUGAGUCCGUGGUGGAAUCCAUCCACUCUUGCCUGCUGCUGGAUGGAGAGUCGGUGUACAGCCUGGUGGCCAACCCCUUCCUGCUCCUGCUGGCGAGAGUCAUUCUGACCAAAUGUUCUUCCAAGAUGACCAAUCUUCAACUCCUCCCCUGGUGGACUCUGCGCUACAUCAAACUGCACCAGCAAAUCCUGGAGGCGUGUUCUCCGCAGCUCCACAACUUGGCGCUCACAAGCAUGGAAGAAGUGCAGAAAUGCCAGUUUCUGUUCUCCGAGCACAGAAAUCUGGCCGUCCAGUUCCAUUUGGAGUGCGUCUACUGUAGUCUGGCCUACUACGAGUACUCCGCCGCCAAGGAACACAUCAAGAAAGCUCAGGAACUCUCCAUGCUUGAUAUCAACACCACUGGUGCUCUGGGCAAACGUACCUAUUUCCAGGAGAAGUACCUCGCUCAGCUCGUUCUUGAGGUCACGCGAAAGCAGGAACAGGACCAGCCUGGACAAGCGAGUCCCUCACCGACACCCAAAGCCCAACUUCCCAAGGACUGCCGUCUUGGGGAUGACACCGUCUUAGACAAGCUCAACCUCGCCGAGCCAGACCGGUACGAGCUGCCGGACCUCAGCGCCGAGGAGCAAGCGUUGAUCCUGGGCGUCUGCACUGAUUUUCAGAAGAACAACCCUGUCCACAAGCUGACAGAAGAACAACUCCUUGCCUUCACGUCGUGUUUGCUGUCCCAGCCCAAGUUUUGGGCGGUGGAGAUGACAGCGCUUUGCCUCAGAACCAAACUGGAAAAAGGGAGUUCCCGAUGUGUUGAGAGAGCCAUGAUGCAAAUGCAGGCGCUAGCAGAUCAUUUUGACGACACAACCUGCCCUUUUCCUGAGCGUCUAAAGGCCUUUUACUGCUGCCAUGCACCAACCAGAUGGGUAGUCCAGAAACAGUUGGCGUCCUUGCUGACGGACCUCGGCUGCAUCAGUUCAGCUCUGCUCAUUUAUGAAAAGCUGCAGCUGUGGGAAGACGUUAUCAUUUGCUGGGAGAGACUCGGCCAACACGGGAAGGCCGAAGAGCUGGUUCGUCAGGAGCUGGCUAAGAAGGCGACACCGAGCCUGUACUGCCUACUUGGGGACAUCCUAAGAGACCACCGGUACUACGACCAGGCGUGGGAGCUCUCGGGCCAUCGCAGCGCCAGAGCCAUGCGCUCCAAGGCGCUGCUGCAUCUCCGUGAGAAGGAGUUCCAGCAGUGCGUCGACUGCUUCGAGAAGUCCCUCAAAAUCAACGCCCUGCAGCUGGGUGUGUGGUUUUCUCUGGGUUGUGCCUACCUUGCCUUGCAAGGCUACGAGGGAGCGGCCAAGGCGUUCCAAAGAUGUGUCGGACUGGAGCCAGACAAUGCAGAAGCCUGGAACAACCUCUCCACGGCGUACAUCCGCCUACACAAUAAGAACAAAGCCUUCCGUACCCUGCAGGAAGCCCUCAAGUGCAACUACGAGCACUGGCAGAUCUGGGAGAACUUCAUUGCGGUCUGCAUCGAUGUCGGCGCCUUCGCCGAAGCCAUCAAGGCUUACCAUCGUCUGAUGGAUCUAAGGGAGAACUACAAGGACACCCAGAUUGUCCAGAUCCUCGUGCGGGCCGUUGUUGAGGAGCUGACGGACAACCAGGGCGAGCAGGCCGCAUCCCUGCGGUCCCAACUACGACAACUUUUGGGGCGGGUCACUUCCCGCCACAGCAGCGACCCUGAAGUAUGGCGGCAAUAUGCGUCGCUGUAUGGCGGUGGCCACAGCUCCUGCCCGGAGGAGAAUGAAAAGGCCCAGCAGUUCUUGUCCAAGGCCUUCCGCUGCGAGGUGCAAGCCGGUGGCUGGGAAAAGCAGCCAUCUCUCUUUAAGGAGGUGAUCAAAAGAGCCAUCGAUAUGGGGGAAGUGACCAUCAGUUGCAGUAAGAUGAAAAAGAACCCCUCCGAAGCUCUUCAGAUGCUUUCCUCAACGCGUCUCAGCCUGAGGGCCCUGGCCACCAAAGCUAAGCAAAUCCACACUGACGCGGCCUCAGGUCAGAUCCACGCUGAGCUGCUGGACGAGGUCGCUGACCUGGAGCAGCUCGUCGCACAGCUCCACGAGCUAUGUGGACAACUACGUGAUCGGUCGCAGUGAACGUUCUCACCGGUGGACGGAGAUGCCGACAAUUUGGACCAACUCAACUUCCUGUCUACCGCAUUCUUCUUAUAUUACCGGUACAGUGGAACCUACCUUGGUUAGCGUCUUUUUGGUUAAAGUCAAAAAUAUACGCCAACAUUUUAAGCUGCGCAUCGAUGAUGUCAUCAGCAGGUGACUCUUAAAAAUGUUUACAGAAAACCCAUUUUCAUAGUUUGCAUUAUUAUAAACAAAAUGGAUUUAAUGGGUGUCCAAAGUGUGGCACAUGGGCCAUUUGUGGACAGCGGCCCGAUUUGCAAAACAAAAUUAGGUUGGGGGAAAAAGUCCAAAUGUCAGGAAUAAAGCAGGGCUGCCAUUUGAUUACAAAUUUGAAUCAGAUGUUUUAACUCGUCAAUCAUGAUUAAUCGAUUUGGUUAAUGUUGGUGUGUUUUGGUUAAAACCAAUGAAUCAAGGUUCCACUGUAUUAUUAUUAUUAUUAUUAUUAUUAGCCUGCUUAAGUCAACGCCGGCAGAAUUUAAGUUAUGUCGACAUGUCAACUUAAACGGGUCCCAAAAUGUACAUAUUUCCUGUAAUUAUGCGGGGACGCAGCAUGGAUUGGGAAAGAAUUCAAAUCUUCACCUGGAUGAAUUCAUCAUGAAAAAUAUCUGUACAUUUAUUUUCAAUAUCUGUGGAUUCCAGAUUGCAAUUAAAAAAAUUUAAAAA